AUGGCGUCACCGACGCUGGGUAGUCUCUAUGUGGGGACAGCCGGCUUUUCCAGUGCUCAUUGGGCUGGAUGCUUCUAUCCAGGCAACGCAAAGAAAGGUGAAGACCAACUUGCAUGCUAUCAGGAGACUUUCUGGGCGGUGGAGGUCAACUCAAGCUUUUACGGUGUCCCAUCGACUGACACAAUCACGUGCUGGCGCCGGAGAUGUGCGGAAGGUUUCCUGAUGGGUCUCAAGGUCCCGAAGACUGUAACGCACGAUGCGGGAUCGCCAGCAGCCCCCGCUGCUCUGGAGUCUCUGCGUCACUUUGCCCAGCGCGUGGCUGGGCUUGGGAGACAUCUCGGCCCGGUCUUGUUCCAGUGCCCGAGGAGCCUGAAGGCCGAUGUGAAGAUCCUGCAGCAGGUGGACACAGCCCUGGCAGCUUUGCCUGAGGAGGCACGCCUCAAGGACGUGGCUUUCGAGUUCAGGCACGCGUCUUGGUUCGAGGAUGCGGAGGCAUUGGGCUUCCUGAGGUCGAAGAACUGGGCUCUGGUUCAACACCCCAAUGCUCUGGGAAGAGCGACUUCCGCAGAUACAGCGCAGUACGAGACCUAUGCGCUGGAACCCCUCCAGGCAUCUCGCACCGCCGACUUCGUGUACGUGCGGCUGCAUGGAAACAAUGAUGCGCAUCAGUACCGCUAUACGGAUGAGGAGCUUUCUCGCUAUGCACAGCAGCUUCAUGACUGGAGAUUGCAGGGGCUGCGCGUCUUCUGCUAUCUUCUGAACGAUGACGCAGGAGCCGCAAUGCCGCAGAAU